AUGGAAGACAAGUUUGACGAAGGUCCGCGCAACUACAACGAUGAGUCAAGUGUCGUUGAGUUUGAUGAUCAUGAUGAGGACGAAGAAAAAGAAGAAGGUAAAACUGACGACGACAUGGACUCGAGCGACGAUGACAACGAAGACACCAGGUCUUCGAAGAGCAACAUCAAGAGACACACGCGCACUCAAUCACUUGAGAAAGCUACCGUCAUUCCAAGUCCCAAGCGAAGAACAUACAGAGGUCCGUCGCUUGAGCAUGUGUCAGCGGCUGCAAUGGAUUUUGAAGCAGCCUACAUCGUUGAUUCAGUGGGGGAAACGCCGACUACAUUCAAGUCGGCGAUGGAAUCAAGCGACUCCGGCAAGUGGAAAGAAGCGUGUGACUCGGAGUUCGAUUCGCUUCAGAGAAACGACACGUGGGAAAUCGUGCCUCUUCCGAAAGGUCGCAAGGCCAUCGGGUGCCGAUGGGUUUUUCGUGUAAAGGAGAAUCAAGAUGGCGAAGUUGAACGUUUCAAGGCAAGACUUGUAGUCAAAGGAUUCUCACAGAAAUUCGGAGUUGACUAUGAAGAAACUUUCGCACCGGUGGCCAAGUUCACAUCGAUUCGUGUGGUGCUCAGUAUGGCGGCUAAGUACGGCCUAAUGCUACAUCAGAUGGACGUCAAGACAGCGUUUCUUAACGGCUCCCUCAACGAAGACAUCUACAUGGACCAGCCGGACGGAUACCUGGAUGCAACACAGCCGGACUAUGUGUGCAAGCUAAAGAGAUCACUCUACGGCUUGAAGCAAUCGCCUCGCAUGUGGAACCAAACAAUCGAUGGGUUCAUGAUCAAGAUGGGAUUCAAGAAGUGCGAAUCGGACCACUGCAUCUACAUCAAGCGAGACGACCAAGACAUGAUUCUCGUGGUGCUCUACGUCGAUGAUCUCAUCCUGGCCAGCAGCAACAACGAACUCCUCAAGUCAACCAAGAUGGCGCUGAGCAAACGCUUCGAAAUGACGGAUCUCGGUGAGCUCGAUUACUUUCUCGGCAUGGAGAUCAAGAACGACCGUAAGACGGGAAUGGUGACUGUACAACAAACCAAGUUUCUCAAGUCCGUGUUAACCAAGUUCGGAAUGGAUAACAGCAAGCCAGUGAAGACGCCUCAAGAUCCCGGCCUGAAGCUAACCAAGAACAUGUGUGAACAAGAAUGCAAGCACGAAGACACCAUGUGCAACGUGCCAUAUCGAAGUGCUGUCGGAGGCAUCAUGUAUCUCAUGCUCGCCACACGUCCGGAUCUAGCUGAUGCAGUGGGAUCAUUAUCCCAGUUCUCGUCCGACCCAUGCCCGACUCACUGGCAAGCUUUGAAUCGUGUGCUGAGAUACCUGCAAGCAACGCCCAAUCAUGGUCUUGAGUUUACACGUGAAGAAGGAAGCCGUAUCUGCGGGUACACCGACGCAGACUGGGCCGGCGACAUUGAGUCAAGACGAAGUACAAGCGGCUAUGUGUUCAUGAUGAGCGGAGGAUGCAUCAGCUGGAAAAGCCAGAAACAACGGGCGGUCGCGCUAUCUUCAACAGAAGCAGAAUACAUAGCGCUUUCCGAAGCAACCAAAGAAGCAGUAUGGCUCAAAGUGCUUUUGGGGGAACUUGGUGAGAUGACAAGCGACGAAGCGAUCAAGAUGUAUGAAGACAACCAAGGAUCAAUCGCUCUCGCCAAGAACCCGGAGUUCCAUAAGAGAACAAAACACAUCGACAUACGCUACCAUUUUGUGCGUGAGAAGGUGGAAUCAGGUGAAGUCGUUUUGGAGUAUUGCCCGACUCAAGAUAUGCUGGCAGACAUGAUGACCAAGCCGAUCGCCGCUGUACAAUUUGAAAACAUUCGCGAUCGACUUGGGAUCCAAGGUGCCGCAGCUAACGAGUCGAGAGGGAGUGUUGAAAAGACAGCGGCUGUGAAGAAGACACCUCGUCAAGCUGCGUCAAGUGUUGAAGCAAGUGGAAGACCUGUUGAAAAGACAGCGGCUGUGAAGAAGACACCUCGUCAAGCUGCGUCAAGUGUUGAAGCAAGUGGAAGACCAAGCUUCGCUAUACCGGUGGGUACCGGUAUGUACCAGUAA